UUUGGGUUCGGGUACAGAACUGUUAAUAAUACCCGCAGCGACCCGAAUGCUCUGUGGUUUAUAGACUCACAAGACUUCGGCCCCAAGGCGAUCAUACUUCGAAAUCGCUCCCUUCUUCCUCGUUCAGUGAUUUUUCAUAAUGUCUCGCCGAUAUGAUAGCCGAACCACGAUAUUUUCCCCCGAAGGCCGUCUAUACCAAGUGGAGUACGCAAUGGAGGCCAUCGGCAAUGCUGGGUCUGCCAUUGGCAUUCUCGCCAAGGAUGGUGUGGUCCUCGUCGGCGAGAAGAAGGUGACUUCAAAGCUCCUACAAACCUCAAAAUCCACCGAGAAAAUGUACAAAAUCGACGACCAUGUAGCUUGUGCGGUUGCUGGCAUAAUGUCUGAUGCCAACAUCCUCAUCAACACCGCUCGAGUCCAAGCCCAAAGAUACACCUUUUCCUACCAAGAACCCAUGCCAGUUGAGCAACUUGUUCAGUCCCUUUGCGAUACUAAGCAAGGAUACACCCAGUAUGGUGGGCUCCGUCCAUUUGGUGUCUCCUUCUUAUUUGCCGGUUGGGACAAAAACUUCGGCUUCCAGCUUUACAUGAGUGACCCUAGUGGAAACUACGGGGGUUGGAAAGCAGCAGCAAUUGGUGCAAAUAACCAAGCAGCACAAUCGAUGUUGAAGCAGGAUUAUAAGGAGGAGAUUACGAGGGAGGAGGCUGUUGAGCUUGCGAUUAAGGUUUUGAGUAAGACGAUGGAUAGUACGAGCCUUACUGCAGAGAAGCUUGAGCUUGCGCAGGUGUUGUUGUUGCCUUCGGGGGAGGUGAAGUAUGAGGUCUGCUCUCCGGAGGCCCUUGACAAGUUGUUGGUGAAGUCUGGAGUGACCCAACCGACUGCUGAUGCCUCUUAAAGUGAUUCUUGAAUCUGCGCCAGAAUUUACCCUGGUAUAUGCUCUUCUGCUAUGUGGAGAUUCUUUAUGAUAUUAUGGCUCUUGGGUUUGGUCCAAGAGCUUAGUUAUCUUAUAUGGCAGACGAUUUAUGUUACAUUAAAUGUUUGCUUGAAAUGAAUUUGAUCUUCAGUCUUCCAUCAGUUUGCAUUGAGUCACCCAAUAUGGUUGUUCGUUAUGUCAAGAGUAUUUGCUGGGUUUUGCUGAUGGGUGGCACAAUAUUAUUAUUCUUAUCUUUCUAUCUAUUUUCAGAAGUUUCUUACCUGACAGUGUUGAUGCUGUUACGGUCUAUAUGGGUGCUUCACUGGUUACAGUGGCAAUCAGAACUACUGUCCUUAUCACAGUUGCUAAAACAAUGUCUCAUUUGCAUCAA